AUGCGAAUACUCUCAUCAGCUUUCAUCUCCGCCGCCUCUCUACUCCCCAACCUCGCUUCCGCCGUAACCUUCGACUGCUCACAAAUUAACGCAGACGGCUACAAAUAUAACCUCAAGCCUCUAGGCGGAGUUCACGAGAUCUUCCAUGCGGAGCAAGUCGGCGAUCUCAUCGUCAAUACGACAUAUGUGCUGAAUAUAUGCAACGUUCUCGGGAGCGCGGCGAACUUCGAAGAGUACAAAUGCGGCACUUCAAGGAGAAUUUGCGGGUUCAAUCGUACAUUGACAGCAGACCACACCAGCGUCCAGAGCGGUUUUGCGUUCCCGAUCGCCGGGCUUGAGCACAUGGGCCAAGGCGCGAUAGAUACGAAAGUCACGCGGUUAAAGAAUGAGGAUUCUGACCGGGAAGGACUGAGAGUAAAACUGUCUGGGGGCAAGUAUGAAGAACCCGACACCAAGAAGAAGAAGAAUGCGGGUGCGGUUAUUGAGUUUGAGUGCGACCCUGGUCGAUCAGGGCUAGAGGGUCUCGUCGAGGAGGACUCGAAGCGCCUCCUGCGCGCACGGGAAGAAGGUGAGGAUGGAGGCGACGGUAAUAAUGAAGGUGAUGGCAACGGCGAGGAGAAAGAACCGUUCUCCGACGGUUCAGACCCGGAUCGAAGUCUACAAUUCAAAAGCUUUGGCAAGGCUGAUGAUGAUUCGUAUGUGCUGAGCUUGAACUGGAAGACGCGCUAUGCUUGUGACCAUUACACGGAAGGCCGUGGUUCCUCGUCUAAUCACUGGGGUUUCUUUACCUGGCUGAUCAUCAUCUUCUUCCUCUGCGCCGCAGCAUACCUCAUCUUCGGCUCGUGGCUAAACUACAACCGCUACGGAGCACGCGGGUGGGACCUACUUCCACACGGGGACACGCUUCGGGACGUUCCAUAUCUCUUCCAGGACUGGCUGCGGCGAGUGGUGAACACGUUUCAAGGAACGGGGUCGAGAGGGGGGUACAGUGCUGUAUGA